CGCCGCCGCCGCUGCGCCCGGCCGGCCUGGGCUGCCGGCGCCGCGCUCCGCUCCGCUCCGCUCCGCCCGCCCCAUGGCUUCGUCGGGCAGCGGGAUGGAGGAGGUGCGGGUGUCGGUGCUGACCCCGCUGAAGCUCGUGGGGCUGGUGUGCAUCUUCCUGGCGCUGUGCCUGGACCUGGGCGCCGUGCUGAGCCCCGCCUGGGUCACGGCGGACCACCAGUACUACCUGUCCCUCUGGGAGUCCUGCCGCAAGCCCGGCAGCUUGGACAGCUGGCUCUGCGAGUCGACGCUGCACAGCGACUGGCAGAUUGCGACUCUUGCUUUGCUGCUGGGUGGUGCUGCCAUCAUUCUCAUCGCUUUCCUGGUGGGGUUGAUCUCUAUCUGCGUGGGCUCUCGGCGGCGCUUCUACAGACCAGUUGCAGUCAUGCUCUUUGCUGCAGUUGUUCUUCAGGUGUGCAGCUUAGUCCUUUACCCGAUCAAGUUCAUCGAAACAGUCAGUUUGAAAAUAUAUCAUGAGUUCAACUGGGGCUAUGGCCUGGCUUGGGGUGCAACUAUAUUUUCUUUUGGGGGUGCCAUUCUUUAUUGCCUGAACCCUAAGAACUAUGAAGACUAUUACUAAACGAUUUAAUGAAAAGAAAAAUAACAAAAGGAUUACUCCAUCUUUUCUAACUCACAGUUUUUUUUAGAACACUGUGGAGCACCAAGCAGUCUCCUCUGUUGAUAAAAUAGGCUUGCCUUUUGGGUGUGAACACUAUAACCAGCUUUUACAACCAUUUAAAAGAACCGCAAACACUAGGAUUGCUGAUCUUACAUAGGCAGAUGCUGCAAGCUGCUGAUACAUAAGCUUUGUUUUUCCUGACAGCAAGCAAAGGAUCUACAUGACAGUGAUCAUUGUGCGAGUGAGAAAGCAAUGCCUGCAUCUGCCGUUGCCUUCAGGGAAGCAGCUGGCGUAAGCUCCGUUUAGAAGUUUCCCUGUAUCAUAGAGGAUUCAAAUGUUCGGCUAAGCAGGCAGUGGCAUCUUGUACAAUAGGCUGUGUUGGACCCUGGUUACUUGCUCAAAAAAGCUCUUAAGGAAUUGGCUGCAAGUGAGUGUGUUGAGGGCAGUGAAUAUAACUGGUUAAUGACUUGUCUAAUAUCUGCAUUCGACAGUCUUCUGGCGGGGUGGGGGUGGGGGAUGUUGGAAAUGGGAUUUCAUGAAUUGGUAAUCAACAUUACCCUGCCAGCUGUGGCGGAUAGUUGAAGGAAGUCCAAACUUGCCUUCAUGUGCUUCUGACUAUGCAGAUGGAAGUUGUCUUGGCUCUGAGUAUUCUUUUUUUUGGGGGGGUGGAGAUAAGGGGGAGUAGAAAAAGGCUUCAUAUAUCCCAGAGGCAUCUAAAAAUGCAUGAAUGAAUUGCAGUUGUCCAAAAUAUAUGUUUAACAUCUAAACAUCAUAAUGAAAAAAAUGCAUAUGGAACAAGUUCAACUAUAUUUUUGGAAGGCAUUUGUUUGUUUAAAUGAAUAUAUAUAAUACAAUUAUAAAUGCAGAGGGAGAGAGAUAAUUCAUCUUAACAUUGUAAUAUGAGCUGUGAUGCAGUGGUUAAAAUACUAAUUUUGUACACCUUCUGAAGCGGUUUGGACUGGUACCCCCAGUUUUGGCUGGUAUUACAAAAUAAAUAUGAAAUGAUUUGUUUUCUGUUUACACCCUUGUACAAACUCUGUAUUAUGGGAAAUGCUUAAAAGUUCACCUCAAGUUAAGGUAGAAAUGUUUGAAAUAACUGCUUGCUAUUCCAUAUGUAACCUAGUACUGUUUUUUUUAGGCUGUUGCAAAGAAAAAACUGCCAUUUUUAAAAGAUCUAACUAGUUUGUGAGCGUCUCCGAUCAUCAAGAAUAUAGCUGAGACCCAAUCAUGUCCAUAUUCAAACAUUAUCACUGCAGUAGGUAAUUCAUUUUUUAAAGGCCAGGUUUAUAAUGGAUUUGCUGAUGCUUAUAUACAUCUAAUUACUCCUUGCUUAGUAUAUUUCCCAUUUAAAACAUCCAGAGACUGUACAAACGAAAUGCAGUCCAAGUUAAAAUAGGGAGAACUUUUAAAUGAAUUUAAUCUGCAUCACUUUUAUUUUUGUUUACUAUUUGCUUGUUUGGAUAUUUUCAAUUAAUUAUGAACAUAUUUUUAUACAAUUCUAAUCUUUAGAAAUAACUAUUUUUUUUAAAGGAGAAAUUUAAAAUAUAUUCUAUAUGGACCUCUGCAAAAACAGAUAUGCUGGGGUUGUAAAUCCACCUGUAUACAAUGGUUUUGCUGGUUCCACAGAAAAGACUGCUGAAUAUGUUAAGGCAACAUCUUCAGUGUUAAUAUAUGUGCCGCAGUUCACCGGGAGAGAAGAUUCUGCAGUGGUUAUGGAACCAGAAGACUGCAUUUAGCAAGUUAUUUCAGAAGUAUUGCUGAAGUACAGAGGUAAUUUUUAAAACUCUAGGCCUCUCUGGAAUUAAAUCCUUAUUCUCACAGCAGAAUAUUCCGCAUCGGCAUUCUUUCCUGGACCAGUAGCGAUUAAUUAGAAUAGGAUGACAGAGCAAAAUGAUAGCUUCACUUACAAGUAAUUGUACGGCGAUGCCUAGAGAACAAAAAGGAUGGAAGGGAAAAAUACUUCUGUUUGUUUCACAGGCAUGAGAGAGCAUUUGUAACUCUACUUUUUUUUUUUAUUUUAUUUUUUUUUUUUUUCCUAAGACUCACUUAAGGCAGAUAUCCAGUAUAUAGUUAGCUCUAUAGCUCUCCGGACAGCUGUGUAGCUCUGCUUUUAUUUAGCAGCAUGAAAAACAUUGUAGUUUGGCAUGGGAAUUAGGUUAAUGUAGAGAAGAUUCGUGUACCUUUCCAAGGAAGUGAUAUUUUGGUGCCAACAUUGUGAGGUGCUUUGCCUAUGCUGACCAGAAGCAGCAGCACAGUGCUGAACCUGUACCAUAUCUACUGAUCUUAUCAAAUCCAUGUUUUUGCUUUAUGUGGAAUUUGAGAGAAAAUAAAUGUCAGGCCUAAGGCAAAUGCAAAUUCAUUGUAUGAAUACUGAAAGUAACACGAUUCUUAAUAUGAAAGAUGUUCAUGAAAAAAAUUUACACUCAUGAAUGCCUAAAGACAAGAUUUGUCAUUCAUAUUUCAGCAUGUAAGACAGAGAGACGAUUUUCAGAGAGUCUGAGCACCACUUCUUCUCUUGAAGGUUGUAAUGCAAUCUGUUAGGCCACACCUCUCAAACUCCUCUGGUCAUCAUUUGGGCAUCUACAGUGUGGAUGUAGGUACCUAUCUUUGGCUAAUGUUGUUGCUUUUGUUUCUUUUUUUUCCCUACCAUAGCCAGCCAGCUUUGGCAAGCAUUUUGUUUUUCAUUAGUGAACUAGAAGUACAUACAACGUUACACUGAAAUAAUUUUUUUCUAGCCACAAAAAGAAAACACUUCUGUGUCUGAGUGUACCUCCAAUAAAUAAAUCAUUUUGUGUGUUUUGCUUGUAUCAUGUCUUCACAAUUUCAGAUGUUUGGCUUAUCUCACUAAGGGAUGAUUCUUUUCGCACAACAAACCCAUUGUUUAUCUUCCAAAUAUAUAUGAAUAAAUAUAUACAUAUAUAUAUAUACACACACACACGCAUAUGUGUGCAUAUAUAUAUAUCAAACUUGCAAGCAGGGCUAGUUAUUUGUAUUUUUUAAGCUUAAAGUAUACCGUCCGGUGCUAACAAGUACCUAGCACCUCUUCUGGAUUUCUUGCACAAGUUCGUUUAGCUUUUGUAAAUUUUACAAACAAAUAUAGAGAGACCUAUGUGUUUGAAAUAUAAAUGAUAUAUAUGGAUUAGCAUGUAACUGUAUAUUAUUAAACAUGCAAUGAACUGACUGGUAAGUGAAGUCUAAUCUUAUGGCUAGCAAUGUAAUUUAUUCAGACUGUAUUUUUGUACAGAGCAGUGCACACUAACCUAUUGCCUCUGUGUCCUCUUUGAUGCCUAAAACUGUGCCUAGAGGUCUCAUUUGUCUUUAAAAACAGACAACUAAAUGCUUCAUGUUGUUGAAAGUAUUGAUUUUUUCUGAUGUUGUUCUUUAUUUAUUUUUGAGAAGUGUAUGAUAUGUUUAUUAAAUGAUUCCAUCAAAAUAUGGUUCAUUUUUAAAGGUCAUUGUUAGCAGGGAAAGACACAUGUUUUUUUUAUCAAAGCUUUUAAGUUUGCAGUUUUAAUACCAUUUCUGCAUUUCACAAUUUUUGUAGCUUACAUGAAGAUAUAUGUGAAAAUAACUAAAAUAAAAAAAAAUGUUACACUAACAA